UCUAGCCCUCCAUUUAUGUCGCAUAGUCUCCUGCGUGGAUCACGUUGUCUCCUCUUUCUCUUGCGCUGUCCCACUAUCGAUGAGCUUGGCUGCUUCUCCAAGUCCUCUUCGCUGGCGAUUUCUUCUCUCACACUACAAGGAGGGGAACUCUACGAGCUCGCGCUCGUUGCCUGCCAUCCCACUUCCUCUCUCCACCUCGUCUUUGGAAGUCUCCAAAGCGAUUGUGCAGUCUGGCAGGACAACCUGGAGGAUUCUUCGCCGAACGAGUUUUCCGAGCGCGGAGGUCAGUACCACGUUCAUCAUCGUCACCGCCGUUCUUCACUUUCCUCCGGUGAUUCGUUCUCACUCGUCGACGGAAGGGUGCGCAUCGAUCCACAGCGUGACCUCUCCUACCCGAUCUGGUUCUUUGGAUCUCAAACUACUCAGUCUCCGCCACUGCGCCACACCACCGCGUCGCAGCAAUGCCGCCGCCGCGACGAAAGCGGAAGGCGGCCUCGUACGAGCCACGGCGGCGCUCGCCAUCCCGCCUGGAGUUUCGUGCCACAGUGGACGGCGCGUGGUACGAGGCACGCGUGGCUGUGCAGUGCGGCGCGCUGCGGGUCAUGUACGAGGAGUUCCUCGAGGAGCAGGACGAGUGGUACGACCCCGCCGGGCUCGCGACUUCCUCCGCGUGGGACGUAGUCAAGCUCCGCGCCAGGUUUCGUGUGCCGUCCACACCCCUGGAAGACACCCAGUGCCGCGAUCUCCAAGCCGGCGCACGACUCUGCGUCUCCUGCUCGCUCGACGGCGGUGACCUCAAGUUCUACGACGCCAUCCUCGAUUCCGUGUGUUCCUUCUAUUUCAUCCUUGCACAUAAUACGCAGAUGCAAAUGACAACGUCGUUUGUUUUAUUUCUUGUUUGGCGUUUGAGAUCUGAGACCGUUUGUUUUAUUUCUUGUUUGGCGUUUGAGAUCUGAGACCGUGAGAGCUGGACACGCUGAUGCAGGUGUAUCCAGCGGCUCACGAGAUCGUUGACGGCAUGGAGCGGUGCGCCUGCCGUUUCGCGGUGCAGUGGUCGGAUGGACCGCGCGCUGGGAGCAUGGAGGAGGUCGGCAUUGAGCGGGUUUGCUGCGUGCAGUCCUCGCCGGUGCAAGACCCAGUGCUUAUGGAGUUCCUGGACGGCGUGACCAAGCUGGCCGGGGAUGCCAACGUGGAAACAGUGUCUCAGGAGAUCCACGUCGCGCCGGUAGUCAAAGGCGGCGUCCCUGCAAACGCCCUGCAAACGCGUCACCGUGAUUUCAACGGAAAAUUUGGUCCAGCAAGUAGGCAAGCGGUUUGAUGUGCGUGGUUCUGAGGUUGGCUAUUUGGUGCCUCUGAUUUUGUGUUGCUUUAACAAUCUGAUCAUGCACAUAAAUCUUCUCUUCCAAAUUCUCUAUCCACUUGGUUUGAGUUCGGCCGUUAAAAUACUAACUAAUGUUUCGUUCA